AUGGAUAAAUUAUUAGAAUCACAUCUGGAUUGUUCCGAAGUGCGUGCCUUAUGGCAACAAUUCGUGGUUAGCACUGAAACUUCUAUCAGAACCCUAGACGCACAAACUAUUUAUUUGCAUGUAAUCACAUAUCUGACCGUUACGCCAUGGUACAAUAUCCUUAAGGAUUACCUGCUGGUAGUUUUCUUACACAAAUUUUUGAAAUCGAGUCUGUAUAAUGUUAGAGCAUAUGGUGUCAUUGGUUAUCCAAGACAUAUCUGGAGACAAACUUCAAGGGCCACCGUCAGAUGGCUGCUAUCGAGCAGAUUAAUGCGCAGUACUGUCGAGAAAGAAGUCGGUAAAGCAAGAGCAUCCAUUGAACACGAUUUGAUCCUGAACAACGACUGUCUACUGGAUUUCCCUACAUUACCAGAGAUAGGUCUGCGUGAAGAUCAUAUCAUUGAGGAACUAGACAUCCUCCAGGAUGUACUACCCCAUACCGAUUGGGAAGAUGGGAAAGUAUCUGGUGCUGUAUACCAUGGAGGUGAAGAUCUUAUCCGUUUACAAAGUAUUGCAUUUGAAAAAUAUUCAGUGGCUAAUCAAUUACAUCCAGAUGUGUUCCCAGCUGUACGUAAGAUGGAAGCCGAAGUUGUCUCGAUGACUUUAAACAUGUUCAAUGCACCAAUGGAGAAUGGGGCUUGUGGCACCACUACUUCAGGUGGUACAGAGUCCCUAUUAUUAGCAUGUUUGAGUGCUAAGAUGUAUGGAUUGAAACAUCAUGGAAUCACUGAACCUGAAAUGAUUGUUCCAGUGACCGCUCAUGCAGGCUUUAAUAAAGCUGCAUAUUAUUUCGGUAUCAAGAUGCACCAUAUUCCAGUGGAUCCCAAGACUUAUAGAGUAGAUGUGUGUAAGAUGGAAAGAUAUAUCAACAGCAACACAGUUUUGUUAGUUGGAUCUGUACCAAACUUUCCUCAUGGUAUCAAUGACGAUGUCGAAGGGUUAGGAAAACUUGCCGAAAAGUAUAAUCUAAGAUUACAUAUCGAUUGUUGUCUAGGCUCCUUUGUUGUUGCAUUUAUGGAAAAAGCUGGUUUCCAAAAUGUCCCAGUGUUUGAUUUCAGAGUCCCCGGUGUCACUUCAAUCUCUUGUGAUACUCACAAGUACGGUUUUGCUCCAAAAGGUUCCUCCAUCAUCAUGUACCGUAACGAGGAUUUAAGAAUGCAUCAAUACUUCAUCGAACCAAACUGGGUCGGUGGUCUCUACGGGUCACCAACAUUAGCAGGUUCCAGACCUGGUGCUCUAGUUGUUGGUUGUUGGGCCACUAUGGUGAAAUUCGGUGAGAAUGGAUACAUUGAAUCAUGUCGUUCCAUCAUAGAGGCUGCUAGAAAACUAAGAAGAUACAUCGAAGAAGAGAUUCCUGCGUUACAAAUCAUCGGGGACCCACAAUUCUCAGUGAUCGCUUUCACUUCGAAACAAAUCGACGUCUACGAACUAAGUGAUAGACUGACCAAAUCGGGCUGGCACUUAAACACACUUCAGAACCCACCAGCACUACACCUGGCAGUCACCAGACCCUCUGUCCCGGCAAUCGACUCUCUGUGCCAGUUACUAAGUAGCACAGUUAAAGACAUGUUAAACGAUCCCAACGUCAAACCUUCUGCUGAUGGUACAAGUGCCUUGUAUGGUGUCGCCGGUAGUGUCAAGACCGCAGGUGUCGCCGACCAACUAAUCGUCGCCUUCCUGGACACCCUAUACAAACUGGCCCCAGGAAUUAGCAGCAAUAGCAGCAACACUGCCACUUAA